GUAGUUAGCAGCGAGCUAGCUAGUUGUCUAGACGGAUGGAACUUAUAAAGUAUUGCAUGCAAGGGAAAUAUAUUGUACUGAAUUUAUUUGCUAAAAGGAAUUACUACACGUUUUUUGUUUCGUAUCAUCUGAGGAACCGUCAUUGGUCACCGGUUGUCCUGAAGUCAUCAUUAAGGUACCAAAACAAUCACUCGGUAUGUUCCAGACCCACAAGUUUACACUUACCCCACUUAAGGCAGAAAUACUGUGCACCUGCGAACUUUCCACGGGUCAGGGCAUUGCCUGUAGGCCUAUUAGGUGUAGAGCGCAGUUAUAUUCGUUGUUUCUCGACAACAUCGUGCAAAUUCAAAAUCAAGAAACAUAGCUCUGGAGAUGCUACAGAUGACGAUGGUGCAGAUCUCGGGGAUUGUAUUUUGGAGGAGAGCGAAGUAGACGAGCUCUUCCAACAGCAGGUUCCCACGGACAUCGGUGACGGGCAUCACAGGGUCUUCAUCGUUCACCCCGAUGUGAAAUGGGGAAGGAAAAAACAGCGUCUGACCACAGCUGAGCUUCAGAUGGAGGAGGCUGUGGGGCUAGUGACCACAUUGCAAAAUUGGACCGUGGUUGACAAGAUAAUUCUCUCCACAAAAAUGCCGGACAAGAAGAGGCUUUUCGGAAAGGGAAACUUCCAGUUACUCACAGAAAGGAUCAAGGGAGUGCCAGGGAUCACUGCUGUGUUCGUGAAUGUAGAGCGUCUGUCACCUUCGUCAGAGAGGGAGCUGGAGGAGGCUUGGGGAGUAAAGGUGUUGGACAGAUACACUGUGGUGCUUCACAUAUUCCGCUGUAAUGCUCGUACCAAGGAGGCCAAGCUGCAGAUCUCUCUGGCUGAGAUCCCGCUGUUAAGAUCACGUUUAAGGAAUGACUUAGCAAAUUUGGACCAGCAGGGUGGGGGUUCCAGAUAUAUAAUGGGUUCAGGUGAAACUCUAAUGGAGGUGCAGCAGAGGCUGCUGAAGGAGAGAGAGCUGAAGAUCCGGGCCGCGCUGGAGAAGCUCCGGAGGAAACGCCACCUGCUUCGCUCCCAGCGGCAACAGCGAGAAUUCCCCGUCAUCUCCGUCAUGGGCUACACCAACUGCGGAAAGACCACCCUGAUCAAGGCCCUUACUGGCGACGCUGGACUGGAGCCUCGUGACCAGCUUUUCGCUACCCUGGAUGUCACCGUCCAUGCUGGCCGGCUGCCCAGUCACAUGACUGUUCUCUUCGUGGACACCAUUGGCUUCCUGUCCCAGCUGCCCCACCAGCUCAUUGACUCUUUCUCAGCUACCUUAGAGGAUGUGGCCCAUUCAGAUCUGAUCAUACACGUCAGAGACAUCAGCCACCCAGAGACUGUUAACCAGAAGGCAAAUGUGCUGAACGUCCUAAAGAACCUGCAGAUCCCUGAGCAUCUGAUGAGCUCCCUUGUGGAGGUCCACAACAAGAUUGACCUGAUUCCAGGGUACCAGCCCUCGGAGCCUGACACCCUGCCCAUAUCCGCUCUGAAAGGACAGGGUUUGGAGGAGCUGAGGAAGAGAAUAGAAUCGGCCAUCAUGAAGUCCACAGGGAAACAAAUUUUGACUCUUAAGGUGGAUCUCAGCACUUUCCAGUUAAGCUGGUUGCACAAGGAGGCUACGGUUCAAGAGGUGAAUGUGGACGCGGAGGAAGGCACAGCCUUAGUCACGGUUAUCAUCAGCACUGCAGCAUACGGGCGGUAUAGGAAGCUGUUCCAGGCUUCUUAACAGAGCAUAGUGAGUAAAUGUCCUUUGACAAGAUGGCAAAAUCAUCAAGGUCUAUCCAUUGUUUAUUGUCAAGGACUAAUCUAUCAUAUGUAACUAUGCUUGGUAUACUGUCAGACUGAACCUGCCCUGUGUAUCCUAUGAACUGAUGACUUGCAUUCAGACAAGACUGGUAAACAGCCAAGUCU